AAUUUCCUCCGACGGAAAAGACAACCUGAAUUUUAUCUGUGAUCCGUAUACGAACCACCGACUCGACAAAAGCUUCGCCUUUUCCCACCUCUUGAUCCUUUUUUUUUUGGUCGAUUCUAGGUCCUCGUCUCUCUCGCCCCCAUCUCCGCUCCCCCCUCCCGUCUCCGCUCCUUCCUCUCCCUCGCAGCCGUCAGUUGCCUCCUCCCCUGCGGUGCGCCUCGCAACCUCCGUCCCUCAUUGUCAGCAAGGACCCCCCGGGAAACCAUGUUAGCUGGCUUGAUCACCUACGAGGAUCGGUUAUAAUAUUUCCCUACUAUACACACGUCCAGCUUCAGGUUCUGGUGAGCAUGGCUACUCGCCGGGUUUUCCGCCGCCGCGCCCCCCUCAUCGCCUCCGUGCUGGGCCUCUUCCUCCUCUACCACUUCUUCUCCACCCUCGAACCGCGACAACGGCAAUCCCAACCCAUCGAUGAGCGCAGUGGCUCCCCGUGUCCACCUCUUCCGGGUAUGGAAGAUGUCUUGGUCGUUUUGAAAACCGGCGUCACCGAGGCCAGGGACAAGGUCCCCGUCCAUUUCGACACCACCCUUCGUUGUGUCCCCAACUUCGUCAUCUUCUCCGACUUCGCCGAGGAAAUCCAGGGCGUACAAAUACACGAUGCCUUGGCGAACAUGGACGAUGAGGUCAAGCGGUCGGUGCCCGACUUUGAUAUCUACAACCGCAUCCAGGAGCUCGGCCGAGCGGGACUCGAGCGCGACGACUUUGCGGAUGAGGCCAACUCCGCCAUCGGGAAGCCCAACAACCCCGGCUGGAAGUUGGACAAGUGGAAGUUUCUGCCCAUGGUGCAGGAAACCCUCAAAUACAAGGGCGAUGCCAAGUGGUACGUGUUCAUGGAGGCCGACACCUACUUCUCGUGGCCGACGCUGCUCGAGUGGCUGGCCCAUUUCGACCAGACGAAGCCCUGGUAUAUUGGCACCGAGACCCAGAUCGCCGAUGUCAUCUUCGCGCACGGUGGAUCGGGCUUCGCCGUCUCCAAACCCGCCAUGCAGCUGGUGUCGGACGCCUACACCACCCGCAAUGUCGAGUUGAACGAGUAUACGGACAUCCACUGGGCCGGCGACUGCGUCCUGGGCAAGGUGCUCUCGGACGUGGGCGUGCCGCUGCACUACUCGUGGCCUAUCCUGCAGAAUUCUAACGUCGGGGAACUGGACCAAUUCACCCAAGGGUUCUACCGCCGGCCGUGGUGCUUCCCCGCGGUUGCUUUUCACCACCUGCAGGCCAAGGACAUUCAAGACCUCUGGGCUUUUGAAACCCAACGCUGGCGUGCCGCCGAACAAGCAGCGCAGACCCGCUCCAUCUUCCGACCCCAGCUCACCCGCAAACGCAUCCUCCUCCAUAGCGAUAUCUUCAAAGAACUCAUCUUCCCGGCCCUGUCCGGCUCGCGCGAGAAGUGGGACAACCUGUCUGAUGAGGAGCACUCCGAGAUCAGCUCCUUCCGCGAAUGCCAGCGCCUCUGCGAAAAAAACGACGAGUGCACGCAGUUCGCCAUCCGCGAGCGCAAAUGCUACACGGGCAAGCACCCGCGAUUGGGCGUGGCUCAUGGGGACACCCGUAGCGGAUGGCUGGUUCCGCGGGUCGAGAAGAUGAUGAAUAGCGCACCGUCUUGCUCGACCAUUGAAUGGGGUGCAUGAUCCCCUUCUUCCUCCGUUCGACCAUCCUUUCCCGAGAUACACACCAGAAACCUAUCCUAUACAUCAUCUCCCGAACAACUCGACAUCAAACCACGCCUCCCUCCAAGAGGGAUCACUCUUCGUGAAA